GCGAGGCUGGAGGUGGAUGUAGCCUGGAGGGACAGGGUCCACGCAGAGCUGGAGGUCGGCAGGCUGACCGAGGAGGUCCAAGCCCUGGACCUGCAGAGGCAGAGGGAGGCUCGGGACCAGGAGCACUUGGAGGGCCUUGAGGCAGACAAAGAGGAGCUGGGCCAGCAGACUGAUUGUCUCCCUCUGGAGAACCAACUCCUGCUGCAGCUGAAGAUGUCUCUGGGCCUGGAGGUGGCAACGCACAGGGUUAAGUGGUCUGGAGCCUAUCCCACCAUGCA